AUGCGAAUAGAUAAUCGUGAUACGGGGAAACGUCUUGGAAAGAUUUAUGUCAAAUUUCCUGUGACAUCAUUUCUUGUAAAUAGCACAACAAGUUUCAAAAAUCUUGAAAAGUUUUUAAAGAAAAAGGAUGGUGAUCACGCUGCAAAUGAUCCGGAAAGUCGUGAUGAAUCUCAUGAUAUAUCUGAAACAGAACAAAAAGAAUUCGACGAAUUAUAG